AUGAUUAAUCAUGGGUACAAACCAAAAAAGAAAGUGUCAGAUGUCAUUGAAAAGUACAUGAGUACGUUACCUCCUGGAAUUAUGGAACAAAUUGGAGUGACUGAAUCAAAGCUCUAUUCAUCUACCGAGAGUUGUCGAACAAAGGAAACAACGUUUGGUAAUUUUAUUGCAGAUCUCUUGUUGGAGGUUUUUGGAUGUGAAAUUGCCAUGUUUAAUGGAGGUGGAAUUAGAGGAGAUCGUUUCUACGAUGCUGGUAAAAAAAUUACAAGAUAUGACAUGUUAAAAGAAUUUCCCUUCCCCAAUGAGUUAGCUCUUACAACCAUUCUAGGAAAAGAUCUAUUAGCAGCGGUCGAAGAGGGAGUUCAAAAGGCAGAAAAGGUUGUUGGAGCAUUUCCUCAUUUUUCAAAAGGAAUUAAAAUCGUGUACGACAGUAAGAAACCACCCUUGCAACGAGUCGUAGAAAUGACCUUUAACGGUGACAAGAUUGAUGAGCAAAGAGUGUAUCGAUUCGCAACUGUUACAUACUUGUUAAAAGGAGGUGACGGAUAUACGAGCUUGCAACGAGCUCAAAUUAUUGACCAUCCGAAAAAUAAUCACAAGAUAUUCGACAUUGUUGUUGAAUGGAUUGAACAUCACAGAACGUUGAAAGCAGAAAUCGAGCAUAGAAUUGUUGACUUGGCUCGUGAAAUCAUCACCAACAAGUGGAGUGGAACUAAGGGUGGUGAAGAUGAUGAUAAUUGUGUGCAAUUUGGUGACAAUCUUUCAUUCUAA